AUGCCGCAUCUUCCCCAGACAAACCGUCUCUCCCCGGCACAUCAUUUCAGUCACUUCCGCGCCUUGGCUUUCAAGCCUCCUCCCAUCUUGGCUUCAUCCCGAUAUCUGGGGUCAGCGAGGCACCUGCUGCUGCAUGCCAACACGGAAACAAACAUCGAGGCUGGCGAUAUCACACCAGAAUACCAGCAGAAACCAAAUAGCUACCUAGCUGAAAGUGGAGAGGACAAGCGCAGCCACGUCGAAUACUGA